AUGACAUUCUUUUUAGCCAAUUCCAACCAGCGCAUUAACAUCCAAAAAGAAAAGUACAGUGGGAACGGACUUGUUUAUGUUAAGAACCCUCACUUGGAUUUAAUGGACGAAGACAUCCUUUAUCACUUGGACUUAGGGACCAAAACGCACAACCUGCCAGCCAUGUUUGGAGGCAUAAAGUUUGUCUGUGUGGGAGGAAGCCCCAACAGAAUGAAAGCUUUUGCUCAGUUCAUACAUAAAGAACUUGGAUGUGAAGGAGAUGAUAACAACUUGAAAGUUAUUUGUGCUAGGACAGAUCGUUAUUGUAUGUAUAAGGUGGGCCCAGUGCUCUCCAUCAGUCAUGGGAUGGGUAUUCCCUCCAUUUCUAUCAUGCUCCAUGAACUAAUCAAAUUGCUACACCAUGCAAAAUGCUGUGAUGUUACCAUUAUCCGCAUCGGUACCUCAGGAGGAUUAGGAGUUGAGCCUGGCUGCAUUGUAAUAACAAACAUGGCAGUGGAUUACUUUUUUAAGCCCCAGUUUGAGCAAGUGAUCCUAGACAGUGUGGUGACAUGAAGCACAGAGCUUGAUCAAGACUUGGCUUCUGAGUUACUAGAAUGCAGCAGAGAGAUUAAGGACUUUCCCACACUAAUGGGCCAUACAAUGUGUACAUAUGAUUUUCAUGAGGGCCAAGGAUGGCUAGAUGGGGCAUUGUGCUCCUUCUCCAGUGAAAAAAAGCUGGAAUACUUAAAAAGAGCGUACAGUGCUGGCAUGAGAAACAUAGACAUGGAAUCCACAGUAUGUGCUGCUAUGUGCAGGCUUUGUGGCCUGAAAGCUGCAGUAGUCUGUGUGACUCUCCUUAAUCGACUUGAAGGGGAUCAGAUCAAUGCCUCUCAUGAAAUUCUCACUGAAUAUCAGCAACGACCUCGGUGAUUGAUUGCAGUGUUGAUCAAAAAAUGCCUUGGGCUGAUUAAUGACAAGGCAGUAGUCUAA